UCCGUAGUACUUACUCGGUCCUUCUUCACUAAAUAGAGGUAGAGAAAAACCACGUUGUGUGUGGUUGCUCUUCCGUCAAAAUGCGUAUCGAAAAAUGUUACUUUUGUUCGUCAAAUAUAUGGCCUGGCCAUGGAAUGGUUUUUGUUCGAAAUGACUGCAAGAUUUUCAGAUUCUGUAGGUCAAAAUGCAAGAAUGCAUUCAAGAAGAAGAAGAACCCUCGUAAGACCAAAUGGACUAAGGCUUUCCGUAAAUCUGCAGGCAAAGAUCUGGCCAUCGACCCGUCUUUCGAAUUUGAGAAGAGGAGAAAUGUUCCUGUAAAGUAUGAUCGGGACUUGUGGCAGAAAUCUGUGGAAGCCAUGAAGAAGGUUGAGAUCAUUCGCUGCAGACGUCAAGCAUUGCACAUCAACAACAGACACAGUAAAUCAAAGGAAGUCCAGAGAAGAAGCGAUAAUUAUGAAGUCACCAAGAACAUGGGUCUAAUCCGGUCCCCAGCAGCUGGAUUGAAGCAGUUAGCAACACAGUUGGAUGGAGAAAAAGAUAUGUCAUUGGUAUCCUCCAAAUUCAAGCAGAUGGAAUCGCGAGUUGUUGAAGAAGUUCAUGAUUCAGAUAGAGAAAUGGAUGUAGAAUAAAAAAAUGCAAUGACGAAAAACAAAAUACAUUUUUCCCGAUUCGACGUUAA